AUGGCGGCUGCAAAGAUAUCGACUUCGACAGUGGUCAUGGACGAUGGCGUCAAGCUGUACGUCAAAUUCCACGGCGACGUCUCAGACACCACGAAGCCAUUAAUCAUCGGCCUCCAUGGGGGGCCAGGACUGGGCAACCACACAGCACUCGAUGGCACUCUCGGUGAUCUGGCAUCCAGCUUCCGAGUUCUGGUGUAUGAUGCUCGGGGAAGUGGCGUGUCGGACCUGGUCGGGCCUUAUACGCAUGAACGGUGGAUCAAGGACAUUGAGAAUCUCAGAAUCUGGGCCGGCGCCGAAACCUUCGUGCUGGCCGGCCACUCGUACGGAGGUUUCAUUGCACUCGACUACGCUAUCAGCCACCCCAACCGUCUGAGCGGCCUGAUCCUGAUCGACACCUGGACGGUGGGCACUUUGGGCCAAAUGGGGGCGUUGGCGAACAUAUUGACGUCGGACCGAGUGCAGAAUGUGGACAAGGACCGGCAGCUUCGCAUCUGGUCCGGCAACCUCCUCAGCGACCAGGACUACCAAGACGGCAUCACGGAGAUCCUAGCAUUCUAUUCACCGCCUGACGAAGAAGGUGCUCCCAAAAAGCCUGCAACUCCGGCGCCGAUGCCCGCGGACCUUUUCGGACCACACAAGCCAUUCCAUAUUCAUUACGAAACACAGAACUGGGCGUUCGGUUGGAACUUGCCACGCUUCGACGUGCGAAAGAAGCUCAAGGAUAUCAAGGCAAGCCCUUCCCUCUCCAGACCGACACUGACUCGCUCCCCAGCCCUUGUCUUUCCUCUUCCUUGUGGGGUUGUCCCGACCCUCAUUACCGUUGGCCGCCAUGAUCAGGUGACACCUGUGAGCUUUGCCCUGGAGUUGGAAAAGGGAAUUCCCAAUUCAAGACUGGAGAUCUUCGAGCAUUCGUCGCAUAGUCCUUAUGUGGACGAGCCUGACAAGUUCCGUGACGUUCUGCUGGACUUUGUGAAGUCCAAGGUGCUUUGA